UUAACUGCUCUGGACUUCAGCCUCAUUCAUAGCAUGUGUGAUUGAAGCGAUGGAGAAAUACAGUGCUUUCACUCAGCUCCUAUCGGUGCAUUUACAUGAUUUAUCAGGAAGAGGCUCAGAUAAGCACUUGAUUGUGUCUGCCUGUGUCGUGAACCUGAGUCUGAAGUUCAGCUGUGACGAGACACCACACAAUCACACACAAACUAUCAGUCAUUUCACUCAGCGCCUUCUCGUACAUUAUACACAGUGGAGACAAGGCAUUCUUCUACAGAGAGAUUCCUGAUACAUGUGGCCCCAUACCAGAGUAAAAACAUGAAAUCCUUGUGGUUGGUGGCAGUCCUGCAGUUAAUGCUUUAUGUAAAUGGAGUCGAUAUGGAGCAUCUCAAAGCAGACAACCUGAAAAUACUUGCUGCAGAAAAACACAAUCAGGUCUUGAACCAGGGCAUGAAAGUGUUGCCUAGAGACUGCCAUGAGAUGCUCCUGACGUCUUCGGGGCUGGCCAGAGAUGGAGUGUACCUCAUUCAGCCCGGGGACGCUCCCAUUGUGGUCUACUGUGCCAUGCAGGAGGGGGGAUGGACAGUUGUGCAGCACAUCACUGUAAAUAGCAGUGUAAACUUCGACUGCACAUGGGCUGAGUAUAAGCACGGGUUUGGGGAUGUCACUGGGGAUCACUGGCUGGGGAAUGAAUAUCUCCACCAACUGACACGAGGCCCUGGGCGAUACAAAUUAGGAGUGAAGUUGGUGGACAAAGACGCUAUUACCAAAAUGGGAGAGUAUGACCCAGUUUUGGUGGAGGAUGAAGCUGCGGGAUUUCGACUGAGGCUGGGUUUGUUCCAGGGGACAGCUGUGGAUGCGCUGACCCUGGACACAGAAAACUAUCUCCAUGACAACCAGAGAUUCACCACUAAAGACAGGGACAAUGACAACUACUUCCAGAACUGUGCCAAGCUGGAGUUUCAGGGCAUAGCAGGAGGGGGCUGGUGGUAUGAUGCUUGUGCAGGAGCAAAUCUCAACCGAAGAAAUGUAAUCUACUGGCAGAAGGACUGUAACAAGGAACGUCUGUGCAAGUACGCCUGGAUGAUGGUGAAGCCCUCAGACACAUUCAAAGUGGUGCAGAGUGCAGACUGCAGGAAGGAUGAGCUGUGAGGAUACAAAAUUACGAGUGCUGCUGGCUUCAAGUCAUGAGUGAUUGAAAUACGCCUGCUUAACUUUGGAUUAAUGCAAUUCUGUCAAACAUUUUUACUUUCAUAAAAAUAUUGAACACUGAAAAUAAAAUCAUAUCUGAAGGAACAACAA